AUGGUCCUCCAGGAUCUGGGGCGGCGUAUUAACGCCGCCGUCAAUGACUUGACUCGGUCUCCUAAUUUGGACGAAAAGGCAUUUGAGGAGAUGGUAAAAGAGAUAUGCGCUGCCCUGCUCUCCGCCGACGUCAACGUCCGUCUUGUUCAGACACUCCGCAAGUCCAUCAAAGCAAACGUCAAUUUCGCCUCCCUCCCCGCAGCCGUUAAUAAGAAACGAGUGAUUCAGAAGGCCGUCUUCGAUGAGCUCGUCGCCCUCGUUAACCCUCAUGCUGAACCGUUCCGACCUAAGAAAGGCCGGUCGAAUAUUAUCAUGUUCGUUGGUCUUCAAGGUGCGGGUAAGACGACGACCUGUACUAAGCUCGCCCGACACUAUCAGAUGCGCGGAUUCAAAACGGCCCUCGUUUGUGCGGAUACCUUCCGUGCCGGUGCGUUUGAUCAGUUGAAGCAAAAUGCGACGAAGGCCAAAAUUCCAUACUAUGGAAGCUUAACACAGACCGAUCCUGCUCUUGUAGCAGCAGAGGGUGUGGCCAAGUUCAAGAAGGAGCGGUUCGAGAUUAUUAUCGUCGAUACUAGUGGUCGUCACAAGCAAGAGGAGCAGCUAUUCACAGAAAUGACCCAAAUCCAGACGGCUGUAACGCCCGAUCAAACAAUUCUUGUUUUGGACGGUACUAUUGGACAGUCCGCGGAGGUACAAUCAUCAGCCUUUAAAGCCACCGCAGACUUCGGUGCAAUCAUCAUCACCAAAACCGAUGGUCACGCUGCAGGUGGAGGUGCGAUCUCUGCUGUCGCAGCCACUCACACACCAAUCAUCUUCCUCGGCACUGGAGAACACAUGAUGGAUUUAGAGAGGUUUGAACCGAAGGCCUUUAUCCAAAAACUUCUUGGGAUGGGUGAUAUGGCGGGACUGGUUGAGCACGUUCAAGCUGUAACAAAAGACUCUGCUGCAGCCAAAGAGACCUACAAGCAUAUUGCAGAGGGCAUUUACACCCUCCGCGAUUUUCGUGAGAACAUCACAUCAAUUAUGAAAAUGGGGCCACUUUCCAAACUCUCUGGCAUGAUUCCAGGUCUCUCAAACCUUACCGCAGGCCUCGACGAUGAGGACGGCUCCAUGAAGCUUCGCCGCAUGAUCUAUAUCUUCGACAGUAUGUCCGCCGUCGAGCUUGAUGGUGACGGCAAGAUAUUCGUCGAACAGCCUAGCCGCAUGGUUCGUAUCGCUUGUGGCAGUGGUACAACAGUCCGCGAGGUUGAAGACCUCCUUUCACAACACCGCAUGAUGGCCGGGAUGGCGAAGCGUGUUGGUGGACAGAAGAAGCAGAUGCAGCGCGCACAAAAUAUGCUCAAAGGUGGCAACAAGGACCAGCAGCUGGCUGCUAUGCAGAAACGAAUGGCGUCGAUGGGUGGAGGUGGCGGUAUGGGAGGCAUGCCCGGGAUGGGCGAUAUGACGAAGAUGAUGCAGAUGCUGCAAGGCCAGGGCGGCGGCGGCGGCGGACUUCCAGGGCUAGGUGGGAUGGACUUACAGUCGAUGAUGAGCCAAAUGGGCGGCUUGAUGGGUGGUAUGGGAGGAGGAGGCGGCGGCGGUGGUGGAAGGGGCCGAGGCCGGUAG